AUGGAUGACAAAAUAAAAAUUCCGAGGUCUUUCAAUGUUCCUUAUAUUACUGAAAAAGAAUCGUUGGAUCUCUUAUUCAAAAUAAUAUAUCCUGAUUUGCAUACUUCUUUUCAUGAUUCUGUUUUUUUUAACUUCUCAUGUUAUUUUGACGACCAAAAUGACUUUGUUGAUGAAUUAAAUGAUAGGCUUAUAGCCCAAUUUCCUAAAGAUGCUAGGACAUUUAUUGCAACUGAUGAAACUGUUGAACCGACUGAUCAGAGUCAGUUUGAAGAUUUUUUACACUCAUUGAACCCUGCUGGUUUACCUCCUUACAAAUUAACCUUGAAAGAAAAUUGUCCUGUUAUGUUGCUACGGAACUUAAAUCCUUGUGAAGGUUUGUGUAACGGUACACGACUCAUAUGCUGUGAUUUUAAGAGUCAUGUUAUAAAUGCUAAAAUUGCGAGUGGUGAUUUUAAGAAUACACAUGUAUUUAUUCCCAGAAUACCAUUGUUAUCAUCUGACGAUGAGAAGUUGCCUAUCCCAUUUAAAGAACACAAUUUCCAUUACGCUUGUGUUUCGCUAUGA